CGCAGUCUGAUCAGGUCUCGUUGCAUACAUAUCAUCUUUCGAAAUGGGUCUCGGAAUCAUUGAUCCCGUCUCUACGAGCCAUGUGCCUGGCACAGUCUUGCUCGACCAGAAUGCUGCUCACUCCGAACAACAAACGGGCCGUCUGAAGCAUGGAACUGGAAGGAACUCGCACAUUGUGCUUGCUCCUCAGCCGUCCGAGGAUCCCAAUGACCCCUUGAACUGGUCCUCGCUCAAGAAACACCUCGUCCUUGCCAUCAUCUUCUUCGGUGUCAUCAUUCAUGGAUGUGUUCCCUCUCCUCUCCUCAACGCCGGUGUCGUCGAAGUCUCCCUGGCUCUCAAGAAAACUCCGACCGCCAUCGCUCAACUCUCCGGUUACAUGCUGCUCUGCACGGGCGCUUGCGGUCCGUUCGUUUCGGCCCUGGGUCGAAAGUAUGGCAAGCGCCCAGUCUACGUUCUCUCCUCCGUCUUCGGCACUAUAGGUAUCCUAGUUUCGGAAUCGGCUUCUGGCUACAGUACGCUUCUCGCCGGUCGAAUUCUCCAGGGUGUUGGCAUCGCCGCCUAUGAAGCAAUUUCGAUUGCCUCCAUUGGUGACAUGUUCUUCGUCCACGAACGAGGACCCAGAGUUGCCGUGGCCAUGUUCCUCCUCGCUGCCAUCUCCAAUGGUGUGUCUAUUAUUGCUGGCGUGAUCACAGCAAACUUGGGCUGGCGGUUCAACUUCUACAUUAUGCUGCCAUUCGGAGCUCUCCAGACCAUUCUCGUCAUUCUUUGCUGCCCCGAGACACAAUACAAGCGCAAAGCCAUCUACGAGAUCGACACUGCGGGCUCAGAGGAGAACCUCGAGAAACUCGCAUCUGUCGAGAGCCGAGCAGCACGACACGUGGAGGACAAAACGGCCGAAGUCGCAGCGACUGAUGUCGAGAGAACCACCACUCUCACCUCUGUCGAGUCUGUACCUCCAAAGAAAGGUUUCCUUCGAGAAAUGUCUCUCUAUUCGGGAACAUACAGCACCGACCCUCUCUGGAAGAUGGUUAUCGCGUCCGUUGCUAUCCUCUUGAAUGUUGCCUGUUUCUACCAAAUCAUCAUGACCGGCAUCAUCAUUGCGUUUUACGUCGUGGUCGCCAUCACCUCGGGUGUCAUUUUCGCCGCCCCACCAUAUCUACUCGGUUCAGCAACGAUUGGUUACAUGUCAGCUGGUCCUCUCAUCGGAGGAUUCUUCGGCGCCCUCUUCCCCUUCCUGUGUGCUGAGCCAUUCGCCAAAUUUCUGACACGCAGGAACAAGGGUGUCUAUGAGCCAGAGUUCCACUUGAUUCCAGUCUUCACCAUUGGCAUGGUCUGCGCAGUUGCUGGUCUUGCCGGAUGGGGUCGAGUCGUUGAAAACGGUGACACCAUCUAUCUGGUCUGUUUCCUGUGGGGUCUCAUGCUCUUUGGAAUGACAUCCAUUGCCGCCUGGUGUACUUCUUGGUCAUUGGAUGCAUUCAGACAACACAGUACAGAACUGUUCAUCAUGAACAUGGUCUUCAAGAACUUUUUCUUCUACGGCCUGACAAACUAUGUGAUUAACUGGUGGGCUACCCACGGCGCUCUCGCCAUGGCAGGUACGAUGGCAGGCAUUUGUGCCGCUCUUUGUCUCUUGGGCAUUCCCAUGUACAUGUUUGGCAAGAGGUAUCGUCUCCAUUGGCAUCAUCACAAUCUUCUCAGGAAGUUGCAUCUCGAGACGGAUCAAACGUUUGGGGAGACUGGUGGUCAUUAAGGAGGCGGUGUGAUGUUGAGUAGAGCAGUAAUGUUACGGGACGGUAAACGGGGGUUUGAAAACCAAGAACAACAAAAAAGAAGAAGAUACGUGACCUGUCUGGCACCAAGUUGUAGGUUUUUGAUCCGAAAGCCCUUGCCAUGUCUGUCAUACGCAUGCACGCGCACAGGUCUGGAGUGUUUUGAUGGCACAAUAUGUCGCUUUGUACAGUUCAAUCUCG